AUGCCGAUGAAUGCAGAAACAGAGUGCAUUGUAAUCGUGGUGCUCAUUACUCAUUUGGAGUGUUCGAAUCGAAUUACUUUGUUCUUGAUGGGUGUAUGUGCUCUGCUAUUAGACAAGUUUGAAAAAAGGAGAAAUAGUAGGAAGAGAGUUAAAUGGGAUUUUCAUAGUAGGUCUAAGAUAAGGGAAGUGACUUUCCAUAGAAUAGUUUAUAUUAGUGACAUUGCUUGUAUUGAGAAUACAAGGAUGGACAGGAGGUGCUUUUAUAAAUUGUGUGAGUUACUGAAGACAGUUGGGAUGCUUCAACCGACUAAGCACAUGGGUGUAGAAGAACUUGUUGCCAUAUUCCUUCACAUUUUAGCCCAUGAUGUUAAGAAUAGGAUAAUCAAAAGACAAUUCAUGAGGUCUGGUGAAACCAUAAGUAGACAAUUCACAAAGGUGUUGCAGGCUGUUUUAAGAUGUCAUAUUGUUUUACUUAAACGACCUGAGCCAGUCCCUGCAAAUUCAACUGAUGAGAAAUGGAAAUGGUUGAAGAAUUGUCUAGGAGCUCUAGACGGGACACACAUCAAGAUAAAUGCCCUACAAGCUGAUAAGCCUAGAUAUCGGACUAGGAAGGGUGAAAUCGCAACCAAUGUAUUAGGAGUUUGUUCUCAAGAUUGUCAAUUUAUUUAUGUGUUGCCUGGAUGGGAGGGAUCAGCUGCAGAUUCAAGGGUCCUCAGAAAUUCCAUAUCUCGUAGGAAUGGUUUAAGGGUGCCAAAAGGGUUCUAUUAUUUGUGUGACGCUGGUUACAUGAAUGGGGAAGGAUUUCUUACACCCUAUAGAGGCCAAAGAUAUCAUCUUUCUGAGUGGAGACAUGGAGCACAACCAACAUCAGCAAAGGAAUUUUUUAACAUGAAACACUCUUCUGCAAGGAACGUCAUAGAGCGAUGUUUUGGGAUGUUGAAGGGGCGUUGGGCCAUUCUAAGAUCGAAGUCAUAUUACCCUGUUAAAACACAAUGCAGGAUUAUAACCGCUUGUUGCUUGCUUCAUAACCAUAUAAGAGAAAUGGAAUUUGAUCCUUUUGAAGUCAAUGUUAUGGACACGCAAGCACCUCAAGAUGAUGUUGAAGACACUGAUUUGAUAACUCACGUAGAGACCUCUAAUGCAUGGACAGUUUGGAGGGAUAAUAUGGCCACUCAGAUGUUUAAUACAUGGAGGAGACGUGUCUGA